AUGGCCGCAAGCCAAGGGAUCCUGAGAAUCAGCAGCAGCCAGGAGAAGCGACAAGAGCAAAGGCGCCCGGCGCUGUCACCCCACAGCCCCACGGCCCAGCUCCUGGAGCGCCUUCUGGAAUGUCUCCCACCUGUGCAGGAGGGGGUGGGCACCGAUGCCCCUCCUGGAACGUUGGCUACAAACAGGACCGACCUCGCGUCCACAACCUGGGGGACCGGCCCCCGAGGAGCUCCGUGCGGCGCUCUCCUCCCUGGCCUCUUGCUUCUGUUCUGGACGCCUGCCAGCCUGGCCCGCCACGGCCCCCAGCUCUGGGGGGGCCCCCACGCCCACGGGACCCCACGCUGCUACUCGGCCGAGGAGCUGCCUCUGGGCCAGCCCCCGCCGCAUCUGCUGGCUCGAGCCGCCAAGUGGGAGCAGGCUUUGCCCGUAGCCCUGGUGUCCAGCCUGGAGGCGGAGGGCCGCAGGAGGCGGCACGACGGCCCCCCCGCUGGGACCCAGUGCCCGGUGCUGCGUCCUGAGGACGUGCUGGAAGCCGGCAUCCACCAGCGUUCCAUCUCCCCCUGGAGAUACCGCGUGGACACGGACGAGAGCCGCUACCCGCAGAAGCUGGCCUUCGCCCAGUGCCUGUGCAGGGGCUGCGUCAGCGCCAGGACGGGCCGCGAGACGUCGGCGCUCAACUCGGUGCCGCUGCUGCAGAGCCUGUUGGUGCUGCGCCGCCAGCCCUGCUCGCGGGAGGCCACGGGGCUGCCCACGCCCGGGGCCUUCUCCUUCCACGCGGAGUUCAUCCGCGUGCCCGUCGGAUGCACCUGUGUCCUGCCCAGGUCGGCUCGGUGAGCCCCGGCCUCGGCCGGCGUCGCCUGCGCCCCCCCACCCCGCGCUGGACAGUCGGGGGGCUCUCCCGGGAGGGCCCCCCUAUUUAUGGGUAUUUAUUGCUUAUUUAUUUGCCCCACGGGGUCCCCGGGCAGGUACCGAGGCUCCGGGCCUCGGGGCUGAGGAACGACGGCGGACGCCACGCCCCGAACGGUUGUGUCCCCUGUGCCUGGAGGGUGACUCUGCUGCUCGGGCCCAUCUCGAGACUCGGUUUACCCAUUCUGCAAAAACACUUGGGCUGGAAGGACUCUUUGUCUUCUUCUAGAACUUUCUUAAACAACACGAACGGUGUUCUGAUGACGCCUCCGUCUCGAUGUUCUCCCUGGGGCUCCCCUCACACCCUCCCUGGACUCACGCUGCUCCCGGCCCCCCAAGCUUCCCCUCCCCAGCCCCCCAGAGGAAGAGGUACCCCUGUAUCUCCGAAACAACUAUUUUAAGUGUCAACGCGUCGUUAAAUUGACAAACGUCCCCCAGAGCACACUGUGGGAGGGCAGAGGGCGGUGGUUGAAGGCACCCCCCCCCCUCACCCCUGCCUGGCCCUUGGCACCCGGCUGGUCCCGCGGGGGCAGCCGCCGGCCCUAGAUUCUCGUGUCCUCCCAGGAAGGUCCCAAGGUUGUCCACUUGGGAGAUGUGCUUUGACACGGGUGUGCCCCGCUGGCCCUAGCAGGGCCUUGGCACCUGAGGGGCUCCCAUUCUGGCCGUCUUGUGGCCAGGCCCUCCUCCACCAAGGGGACUCCCCCUCUGCCCCACAGACAGCGUCUGAGGGAACUCCUGGGGGAGUCCGCUCAGGGGGACACAUCUCCGGCGUCUGAACGUCCCCUCCAACCCCGCCAGAGAACUAGGCGGAUCCGAAGGCCAGAGAUCCUAGGCGGAUCUCGCUGCCUGGACGGCCCUGGGGCUUCGGCCCCCCAGCAGGGACCCGGCAGAGCCCAGCAGCCCUGAGGCCAGCCACCCCAGCCUCCUGCAGAGCGUCCUGGCUCACAGCGUGACUACGCAGGUCACGGCCGGGGGCGCUCGGUGUGUGGCCUCAGCAGGUGUGGAAAGGGGUCCCGGGCAGCUCUGGCUCGGCUACACCCCCCUCAGAGCCUCAGUUUCCCCAGCCUAAGGGGUGACGGCCGUAGGGGCUGCAGGGCUCUUUUCAGAAGCUCCCUGAUGGAUGGACCACUUUCACCCCCGAUCAAGGUCCGCUGUGUUCAAACAAGCCCGCGGGAGGUGUUCGGGGUGAUCUUUGUGUGGGGUCUGAAGGACACUCUGCCUGUGGGUGGCCACACCGGUUGUCGGCUGGUGAGGGAGUGAAG